AUGGCUCUGCUCAACCCGACCUUCAUCUUCGGCGUCGUCGUCCUCCUCUACCUGUCCUCCUUUAUCCUCUUCGCUGUCGUCCGAAUCCUUACAGGCGUAUCGAUACAAAGAAUAGGCUACUUCUCCCUCCGUCGGCUCGCAUACACACCACGGGAUGGAUUCAAGAUUGAGGUUCGCGGCUUGGGGCUCAACGUCCACCGCCCGACCUUUGCCCAGCCUACAUGGCUGAGUGUUGUCAUCAGCGAGCUGACCGUCACGGUCGACAUUGUCGAGCUCGAAGGGAAGAAGAGCGAGGAUAGCUCCACCGAUUCAGACAGCACCGAUGCGGAGGAAGAGACCGAGGCCCAGGCGACUGAGCAACCCAAGGUGCCAUUACUACGGCGGAAUGGCGGCUCUCCGCCUCGAAGUGAGACGUGGAGACAUCUGAUGAAGCUGAAGGACCGGAUGAAGAGGGCGCACCGCAAGCUUAACUGGCUGCGUAUGGUCGACGUCGUCGCCAGCAAUUCCACAAUCAAGGUUGUCGACGUGGGCGACGUGCAGUUUGGGAGCUUGACCGUCGCCGUCGACACGCGACGCAAGAUGGUGGACCGCGCACGCUUCUUCUUCCAGUCUCGGACCGACAGGAACAAGCAGAAGCAGCGUCAGGCGGAGUGGAUAAUGACAUUGCGCAGCGUUCUCUUCACUCCAGAGGGCAAGGAAUCGCUCGAAAUCCUUGACAACGCGACGCUAAACAUCCAUGGAUUUUUGUACGAAGCCUUGGACGGACUGAGAGAUGCUGCAAUCGCCCUCAAGCUGGGCCGUGUUCAUAUACCUUACGACGAUGUCCGACUUUGCGCCGAUAGAUUCAAGCAAUGCAAGCUGGCUGCGCGCUCGUCCACAAUGUUGGACGAGUCGGCCGACGUCUUCAUGGAUAACGUCAUACACGAGGUUGCCCAGCCUGGCAGCACCCACCAGGAAUUGAUCCAGACGGUUUCUGAUUCGAAGGAAUUCAUCAGCUCGAUCCUGAGGGGCGUCAAGGAGGUCCAGUUCGCUGUCAGCUUUGUCGGCAUGACGAAGAGGGUGGAUUCUGUCAAGCCCAAUGCCAAGCCCGUCAUGCUGAACGCUUCUAUGAAAGAAGUCGGCAUCGACUUGCACCGGCUGGAUCCCAAGUCUCCCUCACACAGGAUGUACUUCCCAUCCAAAGAUAUCGCCCAUGAGGCUCUUGCUGCGGCGUUGUCCAUUUCUGUCGGCGUCGACGAUGGCGACGGCAAGCCGGAGAGGCUGAUCUACAUCCCGAUGGCAACGACCACUGUCAAGACAACGUUGCCAUCCAAGACUGUCGAAAUGACACAAGACGUUGGGGCCGAGGAGAGGAACGCAAACAUCCUCUUCGCUAAUUCCGUAGUAACAUCUCCUUCGGUGGACCUCGAUCCUCGCCACCUACCGCUCAUCGUCGCCAUGCUGAAACCCAAAUCCUCAAAAAGGCCGCGAACUAAUCGUCAGCCGCGUCAUGUGCUCAUAUCACGACUACUGCCAAAGGCUAAUAUCAAAUUUACCAUGCACGAGCCAGUCCUCCGUGUCACCCUUCCAGCGGUCGACCAGCACGCGGCGUCCGACGACUUCGAUUUAAUCAUAUCGUCUAUUUCGUCCAUUUCGCUCGACAUGGAGUCAUUCCAUUCCACCGUGGAAGAUCUACACUAUUCACUUGCGUCUACUAUGAGAAUACAGUCUCACGAGCUGUACUACCAAACGUCGUCGAGUAAUCGAUUCGACUUGAUACAGACCGAGUCUUUCGAGCUGAAAGUGCAACUCAGUGCGACUCCGGACGUCCAUGUUGUUGCGUCGGGCAAUCUGCAGACAUUCUCGAUCAAGAUGGUGCGACCUGAGAUCACCGACGGUCUCAGGCAGAUCGUGCGACAGUUGAGGAUGAAUGUGGAACCAGAGAAGCGCUCCAACUUACACACUUCCAACAAGCGGCAGAACUUCCUGCGCGCAAUGCCAACGUGGCUUUUGCAGUUCCAACUUCAAGCAUCGGACUUCAGCGUCGAGAUUGCAGGCAUUGACGAAGACAUCUCAGAUGACACCCGUGGAGUGUCUUUGCAGCUCGAUGAGUUCUCCGCCGAGUACCGCGCACAAAGGCUGGAGGGACUUCAGCGGCGGCCGUCACGACGUAGGGCUAACAGCCGCACCGUGGCCCCGGAUUCCGACCUACUUAGAAGCCCCAUCUCGCCGCCACCUAGAAAGAAGCAGCAGAACCAUGGUGACGGGCGAAGAGUCACGUUCCACGUCCGAGGCUUGGAAGCCUACAUCGUCGAGUCGGAAGAUAGGGUCGAACUGGAACCCUUUGUCAACAUGCCGCGGUUCGAAGUAGCGUUCCAGGCUAUGAGUGACCAGCAAGGCCCAAUCUUCCAUAUCCAUGCCGGAAUCCGUACUGUUCUCUUGCAAUACUCUCUUUUCCGCCAUUACUCCGUCGGCGUAGCUAUCAUGAUUUUGCGGAGAGCCUUCAUGAGGUCUGGUCAGGAUGUUGGAUCGCCGACAAUGUCGCCGACGACACCGCGGAAGGAUGCCAGCGACUUACUUGCUCCUCCAAUGUCGCCAGAAUCACCUUUUCUCGACAUGAGCGAAUACUCGACGGUUACACCAGAACUCAUAGCCAUUGACCUCAAGGCGGCCCUUGUGCAAGUCAAGGCUGAACUGCCUAACGAUCCUCACUUGAUGCUGCAAGUUUAUGGGUUGAGGCCGGCCGACACAGAUGGUCUGCACCCUACCUGGCGUCGAAACUCGAUGCGAACUACAUGGGCCAGGAUGAUCAGCAUCAAGGGAGGUAGAGUCGACUAUCGCAAGUCUCGACGGAAGCUUCCCAACGGCGGCUUCCAUGAGGACAAGAUGAUCGACGUCAACUCCGACGCCAUCAGAUUCGCUGUGCCGCAUGAGGUCCAGGUCAACAAGAUUUCAGAUAAUGUCAUCAAUACGCUCAAGUCGAUCAAGCAGCUUCACCACCGCUUCAAGACCGGCACAAAUGAAUACAUUCUGGACAAGGUCCCGGGCGGUCCGAAGAAUGUUCCCAAAAUAUCAGUCCGAACACGCUCAUUACUUUUCGAGCUUGAGGACGGUGCAUUUGAGUGGAAGCUUGGAAUGAUCUACCGCGCAGGCAGAGUCGAGCAAAUGCAGCGACUUGCCCGAGAGGAAGCCUUUGAAGUCAAGAGAAAGAAGGUCCGCGAGGAAGAGUCGAGGAAGGAGUCAGGCAAACUGCGGGCUCGUUCGCUCUUCCACCGUGGACGGCAGCAGAAUGGAGCCUCGUGGGCCCGAAGCCAAAGCGCAGACGGCAGAAGACCAAGCACCGACGAGCGCUCACGAGGCAGAGCCCCAAGAUAUGACCCUGAUGGCGGAGGCGUUGGUCUCACAGGUUCAGCCUCAGUAGCAGAGCAGGAGGCACAGGCACGGCUAGAUGCGUACAACGCCCAGAGCUGGAAAAAGCGCAUCGACCGGUUCUAUGCCAUGGCAAAGAACGGCAUGAAAGAGAUCCGUGGCAUCUUCUGGGGCCCUGACCAACUUCCCGACGACCUGGAGGACACGGAGAAUAUCCUUGAGGUGCCCCAAAGGCCAGCACUCAUGUCCGCACUCAUCACCGAUCUCCAGUUCGUUAUCGACAAGCCAACUUUCGCCAUGAAGGACCUGCCAGACUUCAUCCACUCCGUCGGAAAAGGGAUGCCCAAGGAUAUGGAGUACGGUUUGCUCGUUCCGAUGCACGUUUCCAUCGACCUUAGCGAGGCCAGGAUUUCCCUGCGCGACUACCCGCUUCCCCUGAUACACAUACCCAGCUUGAAGGCAGGUCAGUCGACAAGACUCCCAGCCAUGUCGUUGAAAACGAACUUUGUGAUAGCAGAAGAGUUCCGCGGGAUGGAGUCUACCCGCCGUAUCAAGGUCAACAUUGUCCCCCCUCGAAACCAUGAGCCCGGCGGCAGCAACGAGGGCACCUUUGCCAUCGAUGUCCGCCGCACCAUUGGACCAGUCAAGUCAUACUCAAAUAUGCGUAUUGAAAUCAACACAGCCCUGCCGACAAGAAUCACCUGGGGUCCAGCCUACCAACCGGCUAUCCAAGACAUGAUGAUGGUCAUUGAGUCCUUCACCAAACCCCAAGUCGAUCUCUCCGAGAGAGUUGGUUUCUGGGACAAGAUACGUCUCAACUUCCACUCGAGAAUACACGUGGCAUGGAGAGGCGAUGGCGACAUGCAUCUUGCGCUCAAAGGAACCCGCGAUCCUUACUGCGUGACCGGCAACGGCGCAGGUUUCUUGAUGUGCUGGCGCAACGACGUCAGGUGGAACAUCAAUGCUGACGACGAUCCAAAGCGGUUCAUGACUGUGGAUUCUGGUGAAUACGUCCUAGCAAUCCCCGACUACAGUCACCAGGUUCGAGAGGCUGCAAGGCGAACAGGAGAAGACGACAGCCUUAUGAGUGAAGACAGCUACAAGUCCGGAGCGUCAUUCAAGAAAGUGGUAAUGAAGCUCUCUGGCAAGGUGCAGUGGAUGACUGGCCUUGUUUUCGAACGCGCAAUACAGGAUGGCAAACGCAGCUUCGAGUUCCGACCUCACUAUGACAUUGUAUUGCGAGCUCCUCAUCAUGUCAAGCCCGAGGACCAGCCAUACGAUGCUUUCCGUGGAUUCCGAAGCCAGCACAUUCAUCUCUCAAUCGCAGUCCGAGCCCCCGUAGACCGCGAUUGGAUGGCGGACAACGUAGAGUCGUCAAGAAGCUACAACACGGUCCAUUGCACGCCUCGCUUCUUUACUCACUUCUUUGCCUGGUGGUCCCUAUUUGGUGGCGCUAUGGCGUUACCCAUUCGGCAAGGAUCGCUUUGGCCCGGCAGAGAGCGAAACAGCAAGAAGUUCGGCAAGCAUCUCUCUACCAUCAAGUAUAAUCUCCUGCUGGCACCUCUAUUCCUCAGUCACAUCUACAAACAUAAGGACGCGGAAGAUGCUUCCGAUAGUGGUGUUUCGGCGACAGGCCUCAAAGUCCGCUUCGACAGCUUCAUGCUAGAUCUGCAUCAGAGGCGUGAGGAGUUCAACACGCGAGACCGCGGUCGCAAGACUAAGGGAAAGACAAGCGGCAUCAAACUUCAUGCGGCCCAGCUUGACUUAGCAGCAGCUGAUGUCCGCGCUGUUUCGGCAAGUAUACGGGGUACAACGACGGAAGCUAUCAAGAAAGGCACAAUGGCCAGCCUAGUCACGGACCAGCACGAGGAUAGUGCCGAUCUUUCACGUUUCACCAUCCCCGACAACGACUUGAGUUGGAUCGACAUGGACGAUUUUGUGGAAUUGGACUGGAUUCUGCCAACAGAGCCCAACCCCGACACGAAGAUUCUGCCCCUUGCCUUCGCGCCCCGUCUCACCUACUUCCGGCAAACGGAUAUCGGGGGUGUUAUUUCAGGCGACCCGGACCGUAGAAGUCCCUUCGGCGAUGAGCCGACACAUUUCUGCAUCAUGAGCCAUGAUGACGACCCCCGACGAGUCCAAGCACAGCUCAUCCAGGAACGUUUGGAUCAGCUGGAAGUCCAGAUUGAGAACUACAGCAGAAGCCUUGGAGAUGCCGAACUAAGAGUUGUGCGCGACGAUGCCAAAGACCCCAAACUGAUUGCCGCAUUCGAGAGUUUGCAGCAACAAGGCGCCAUAUUGCAGAGAAAGAAAGUCUACCUUCAGAACAUGCUCCGUCAGAUGAACAGCAAGUCCCCUAUAAACGGCAGCAACAUCUUCAAGCGGGAGAACGGAGGGGGCAGCAAGUCGGAAGAGUCGGUUGAGCUUGACCAAGGCGACGCCCUGACAAUACCAUCUGGCGCGGAGUUCGAGAGUGACUUCAACAAUCGAUUCGUCAUCCAUAAUCUCCAUUUUAAGUGGAACAACACCCUUCGAAACAUUGUCCUUCGAUACAUACAUCAGGUUAGCCAGCGGAGAGGUUUCGUGUACUACUUGUCUCGGCCCGCAGUCAAGUUCAUAUUGGACAUCGUGGAGGAACAAUACAAGGCCAAACAGAAUCCCAAGCCAGCAGGCAAGAACAGAACCCCCACAGGAGGCACCACUGCUGGUGCGUCUCCUGAUCUCGAUGCCGCCGAGCGCGAGUUCAAGCAGGAUAUCGAGGACCGCAUUAAGAACAUUCUGAAAGAAGGCAAGAAGUAUGUCAACGCUGACGGAGAAGCUGGCGACGAUGUCCCCAAUCUGCCGAUUGAAGACCUGUCGAGCGGCAUUUCGGACGAGUUCACGCCACAAAACAGCUACCAUGUCCGACUCAUUGCUCCGCAAAUCCAGCUGCAAAGCGACAAGAACAAGAAGAACGUGGUCAUUCUCACAUCAAAGGGCAUGGAACUCAAGGUUGUCGAGGUGAUGGACAAGAAGAGACUUGCAGACGUGGUCAGCGGUCUUGUACAACGACGAUUCCUUGUCAACAUGGACAGCACCCAGUUUUUUGUCACUCAUCAAUCAUACUUUUCGGAAAUCGUCACGACCUAUGCUGGCAGUCGAUAUGGUACCCCUGCCACGUCGUCAUGGCCGCCAUGGGUUCCCAUGGAAGUCAUGUUCGAUUUCGAGACAGAUCCUUUCGGCUUCAACCGUGUAGUGCAAAAGACUUCGGCCAUGCUCCGUUACGAGAAGUACAACACUUUGCGUCUGAAGUACAAUGACGAGGUCAACACCGACGGCGCCGGCGAUUCGUCCCAGCCGAACAACGAGAGGAAGAUGGACAACCUCUGGGUUGAGUUCCCGCAAGCCAGAGCUCUUUGCAAUUCUGGCGACUACUACGCCAUGUAUGUGAUUGUAUUGGAUCUACUCAUGUACAACGAGCCUCUCGAAAAGACGCGAAGCGAGCGCCUGGAAAAGAUCAUGUUGGCCUCAGACUUCAGUGAUCUCAGCGGCACGCCGGAGAUGGUCGAGAAAUUGCAGGAACGCAUCCGCCAACUGCAAGACAUCAAAUCCCACUUCCAGAUCUACUCCAAGUACAUGGAUCAGCAGGGUUGGGAGGAUCGACUCCUUCUCGAGCGAGACUUGGCAGCAUGCGAGGACGAACUGUUCUUCAUGAUGAAGGCCAUCACGUCCUCGCAGCGCAGGUACGAGACGAACUCUGAUAGCAACGCUCUUCUGAAAUGGAGCAUCACUGCACGAGACACGGUUUGGCACAUGCUCCGAGACAAUAAGGAACCGCUUGUCGAGUUGCAACUCAAGGACGUGGAGUAUGACCGGACCGAUAACGCGGACGGGUCGCACAUCAACUUGAUCAGGGUCGGCAAGGUUUUUGGACUGAACCUCCUUCCCGACGCCAUGUAUCCAGAAAUCAUUGCGCCCUACGUAGAUGGUGACAAGAGCACGGCCGACUUGGGCAACCAAGAGAUGAUCCGGGUCUACUGGUACAUGCUUGAAGCUAUCGCCGGCAUCCCCGUCAUGGAUCAUUUCGAGGUCAACUUGUUCCCAAUGAAGAUCCAACUUGAGCGCGAGGUGGGUAAGCGGAUUUUUGAGUACAUCUUCCCUGGCAUCGACGGCGACAACAAGACCAAGAACGACUCGCCAUUCAUGCUGAAGCACAUCCCCACGGAAGACGACGAGGAAGACGAUGACUCGAUGUCUGGGUCUGGCCGUCUUACUACUAGCGACAAAGACGGGUUCAACACCAGGCCGGGUUCACUUGAGCUGCGUCUACUCCCAACACUGAAUUCAGACUCUCCAACCAAAUCGAUCGGCAGCAAGAAGUCUCUCACAGUCAACACCGGCGAAGGCCAAGGACACACGUUCCGUCUCUUCCGAUCCGUUGGCACUGGCAAGGUCCCUUCAAAGAAGCCUUCCUAUGAGUCACUAAAGUCAACGAAGGAACCUCGCCCUGGAAUCGGUCGUACGUCGACCGGGUUCUCCUCGAAGGAAAGCACAGCCGCCAGCGAUGGUAAGAAGUCACGUUUUGGACGGCGCAAGGAGUCCAAGGCGGAAGAGAACAAGCCGUCCGACGACCUCACUAAGAUGAUGUCGCGUGCGAGCAAUUACAUGACGUUUGCGCACAUCAAGAUGCCCUCGGUGGUGCUCUGCCUCAGUUACAAGGGCAAAGACAACCGCAACGUCGAGGACGUGCACGACUUUGUGUUCCGUAUGCCGGCGGUGGAGUGGCGCAACAAGACGUGGUCCAACCUGGAUCUCGCUCUCGCCCUCAAGAAAGCAGUUAUCAAAGCUCUCAUCUCGCAUACCGGCGCGAUCAUUGGUAACAAGUUCAAACAACGCCCUAGUGGUGCACAAGCCAGCAAGCUUCGGGAACUGGCCAGCGGUUCCUCUCUCAUCGCGCCAACGCCUUCGUCGUCGUCACAACAGGACGCUGAUAGUAUCAACAACAGCGACGAUUCGUCAAGCCUAUACGGCAAUUCGCCGGUGGACUACUCCCGAUCGCCGCCGCGCUCUUACCACGGCAGUUCUGCUAGCAGCAUUCCCAUACCACGGCCUACAAGCAGGAGCUCUAGUGUCGCAAGUGGCCGCUCGCAGCGGACCGGCGGAUCAAACAACCAACAACCCACCGUGCCCAGCUUUCUUAUGAUGACGCCGCCGACGCCGUUAGAUAGCCGCGCGCCAACACAGGGAGUCGGCUUCGAGCUGCUGCGCCCCUCUUCUAGGAGUAGUUUGGCGCCGUUCGAUCAGGCCGGCGGCGGAACCAUCCGAUCACUAUCCCGGUCAGGAACGGGCGGGGACCCGGGCGAUCGUCGGAGGUCGGCCGGGGGCGCGUUCCUUCGCGACAAGCUCAACCAGCUCACACACCGAAAGCGCGACGGGGCUCAGAGGGAGAGCAGCCAGAAGCAAGAGAGCCAGAGGGAGGAGACGCCGGAGAGGGAGGAGGACCCGAGUAUCGCUGCUCCCGAUAGCCCCAAGAGCUCGAAACGGUUCCCUGGACUGAACAGCCGGGUCAAGACGGGAUAG